GGCUUUGACUUCCGCCCCAACCGCAACCCCAACCUCAACCUCAACCUCGCUGCCUCGUCGUCGGCGGUGACCGGCCAAUAAAAAGGCGGUGUUUGCAGAGCGUUGACAAACCCGUCAACAACAACAAAUCAUCGAUCGAGUGCUAUUUGAAAUCUCAUUCGUUAGAUGGUCACAUCGUUACCUAGUUGACCGUCUAUUGGAUUUGACAUUGAUGAACUCGACCGAUGAUUUGGCCUUUCUUUUGGCUGUCAUGGUGAUUUGGACUCCUAAAUCGUAGUAGAAAACACAGCUUCAUUGCCCACAUGCGUGGCUGCCUCCCUUAAUUGGGUGAAGUACAGCUAUAUUAUCCAGGGAAUCUGUCUGCAGUCUGCACUGAUCCACCAGUGGUCGUAGAUCUCUCAGAUCUGUGAGAGCAAACAGAGCCUGGUCUUUUUCAUCAGGAGCGUUCUUGCCAUCACCUUGUCACAGAUGAAUUGUUGGUUCCCUCCGAUCCAGCAUUAGCCUUGAUUUGGAAGGCCAAGAAAAUGUUGUAGGUGUCAAGGGUAGGACAGAACAGUAGCUGCCCAUUUUGGGGUGCCUUCGCGCUCUGUUGGGUUGGGAAAAAGGAUUUGCUUGGGCUUGGAAUUAGUGAUUGAAGAUAUUCUUUGUUCUUCUACCUUCUGUUGCAGAUCUUGGGGUUGUUCAACUACUAGCUUUUGUGGAUCAGAUCUCUGGUCUUUGGGAGGAGAGGAAGGCCCCAGGAGUUGGUGCAGAGUAUGUGGGAUUUUGUGGGUGGUGAACUCGUUGGAUGAUCAAUAAAUGCACAACAUUGCAUGCCUGAUGCAUCGGCUUGCUUUAUAGAUUAUUUAGGACAUUCGUUUGAGGAAUUACUCUUGGUUCUUCCUGGAUUAGGGUUUAGAGAAAUGCUGAUAGGGUAAAUAGAGGACCUUUCUGAAAGCUAUCAUUCCUACUUUGGGCCUUUUGUUGGUGGCAGUGUAGAGACUUGGUGAUGUUCAUAUGGCAGUGGAAGGAGUGCAUUUGGCUACGGGAGCACAUAGGUUGAUCAUCAAGGACUAUGCAAGGUGGUCGGUUGUGUGACUUGGUUUUGUAAUCUUCUCUCUGAUUUUUCUCGUUUCUCGGGUUCAUCUUCAAGAUGGCAUGUAUGAAGCUGGGAUCAAAACCUGAUGCCUUCCAGCAACAAGGGCAAGCCUGGUUCUGCACAACUGGGCUUCCAAGUGAUGUUACUGUUGAAGUUGGAGAAAUAUCAUUCCACCUCCACAAGUUUCCUCUAUUGUCAAAAAGUGGUCUUUUGGAAAAACUAAUCAAGGAGAAUUCUGAUGAAGAAGAGGAUACUCUAAUAAAGCUGCAUGAUGUUACUGGUGGUGCUCGAACAUUCGAACUUGUGGCUAAAUUCUGCUAUGGCAUGAAGUUAGAACUCACUUCCUCAAACGUUGUCUACCUGCGCUGUGCUUCUGAGCACCUUCAAAUGACAGAAGAGAUAGCAGAAGGUAACUUGAUUGCUCAGACAGAAAUCUUCUUCAAUCAAGUUGUCCUUCAUAGCUGGAAAGAUUCAAUUAAGGCACUCCAAACAUGUGAUGAUCUUCUCCCUCAUGCCGAAAACCUUCAGAUUAUCAAGAGAUGCAUUGAUUCUUUGGCUGUUAAGGCUUGUACAGAUCCAAAUCUAUUUGGCUGGCCAAUGAUGGAGCAUGGUGCCAUGCAAAGCCCUGGUGGCAGUGUAUUAUGGAAUGGAAUAAGCACCGGAGCCAGGCCUAGAAAUUGUAGUUCGGAUUGGUGGUAUGAAGAUGUUUCUUCUUUAAGUUUUCCCUUGUAUAAGAGGUUGAUCUCUGUGAUGAAAUCUCGAGGUAUCAGACAAGAGAUCAUUGCAGGUUCUCUGAUCUUAUAUGCUAAACAGUAUCUGCCCGGACUGAAUAGGCGUCCGAGUCUGGCACAAGGAAAUUUGACAGCUGCACCUUCGGAACAAGAACAGAGGCAUCUUCUUGAAGAGAUCGAUAGCCUGUUGCCUCUUCAAAAGGGUGCAGCAUCAACUAAGAUUGUGAUUGGUCUUCUUCGGACAGCCAUUAUUCUGCAAGCUAGUCCAUCAUGCAUUUCAAAUUUGGAGAGAAGGGUAGGGAUGCAGCUAGACCAGGCAGACUUGGAAGAUCUACUUUUCCCAACUUUUGAGUUCUCCAUGGAGGCUCUCUACAAUGUUGAUCGUGUCCAACGGAUGCUUGAUCAUUUCAUAGCCACUGAUCAAGCUACCGGCACGGCUGGGGCUUCCUCUCCUGGUUCUGUCAAUGAUGAGCAGUUGAUUGGUUCCCCAUCUUUGGUGCCAUUAACUGCUGUUGCCAAGCUAAUUGAUGGUUAUCUAGCAGAGGUUGCACCAGAUAUCAAUUUAAAAAUGCCGAAGUUCCAAAAGUUGGCUGCUGCUAUACCUGAUUAUGCCCGUCCACUGGAUGAUGGUCUAUACCGUGCUAUCGACAUAUACCUGAAGGCACACCCUUGGCUCUCAGAAUCUGAGAGGGAGCAGCUCUGCCGGCUGAUGGAUUGCCAAAAGCUCUCACUAGAAGCUUGCACUCAUGCUGCACAGAAUGAGAGGCUCCCUCUAAGAGUAGUGGUUCAAGUCCUCUUCUUCGAGCAGCUUCAACUAAGGACAUCCGUUGCUGGAUGUUUGCUUGUCUCUGACAACCUUGAUGGCUCGCAACCACUUAGGAGUGGAAUUGCUUGUUCAGGUGAAGCUGGAGGGUGGAUGACUGCUGUUAGGGAGAACAAGGAUCUGAAGGUGGGCAUGGAUAAUAUGAGGAUGAGAGUAUCUGAGCUUGAAAAGGAGUGCACAAGUAUGAAGCAAGAAAUCAAGAAGCUAGGGCAGGGAAGGAAUGGUUGGAGCAGUGUUCCCAAGAAGUUUGGAUCUAAGAUCAAGUUGCAAUUAUGCAGUGCCCAGGAGGAUUCUGUAAGUGCUCAGCAGAAGACUAAAAGUGGGAAGAUUGACAAGUUGCAAGCCAUAAUCACGAAGCAGAAGCAUCAGUUAUCUGCAGAUGAUUGAGUUCUCUUUUUUUAUUGUGCCACAUUGUCGUAAUUCUAGUCUGUUUUCUGUUUCAGUAGGAACUGUUAAUUCAUGUACUUUCUUCUUGGACAGAAUCUGUAUCAAGCUUGACCUUUGUCACUUGUUAAAUGUGAAAAAUGGGAUUGUGGUGUUUGAUAUUUAGCACAAUUGUUGCCUUGAA